GGCAUGGCGGCCGCUCAGUGAGCCGACGUCCGCGCGCGAGCGGUCAUGGCGAGCGCCGCCCCACUGCCGGCGCUGGCGGCCGCGCUCCUGCUCGUCGCCUCGCUCGCCGUGUUCGCCGCUUCAGCCGGGCCCGAGCCGAGUCGAGAGGAAUGUCGGCCGUACAUCGAGCGUGAGCGGGAGGAGUGCGAGACGCGCGCCGCCGGCCCCUCCGGCCCGCUCAACUGGCUCUCCGACAUCCUGUUCGCCGAGUCGCGCUACAUGCGACAGCGCGACGCCGCCAUCGCCGCCCGCCAGCGUGACCUGGUUCGGGUCAAGGUGGAGCGGGGCGAGCUGCCGCCCGAGGCGCUGGACCAGCCGCUGCCGUCGGCCGCCGAGCAGCAGCAGCCGUCGCUGCUGGGCCGCGUCUGGGGCGAGCUGUUCGCCGAGACGCGCUACUGGCGCGAGCGAGACGCGGCCAUCGCGGCGCGCGAGGCCGACCUGCGCCGGGUCAAACUGGAGCGUGGCGAGCCGGUCGUUGAGGAGGCCCCGACGCAGCUGCCCGAGGUGCCGGCCGUCCUGCAGGCAGCGCCUAAGGCGCGGCCAGCCGCCGCCGCCACCUGGGCCGUCUCGGCGAGCGCGCAGGAGGUGCCCUCCUCCGGCAGCUGGCUGUACGACAUCCUCUUCGCCGAGGUCAACUACAUGCAGCUGCGCGACCAGGCGAUGGCGGCGCGUGACCGCGACCUCGUGCGGGUCAAGGUGGAGCGGGGCGAGCUGCCGGCCGAGGCGCUGCACGACGAGCGACUGGCCAGCCCGACGGCCGCGGUGCCGACGGAGGGCGGCGGUCUCUGGGACCUGCUGUUCCCCGAGCGGCGGCAGAUGGCGCUGCGACGGCGCACUCUGGCUGCCCGCCACCGCGACCUGGUGCGCACCAAAAUCGAGCGCGGCGAGCUGCCGCCGGACGCGCUCGACAACCUGGCCGAGCCGGAGGAGCCGGCGGCGGGGCCGGGCCCGCUGACGCGCCUGCGCGACGCCAUCUUCUCCGAGGGCCGGCUGAUGGAGCUGCGCCGGCGCGCCAUGGCCCAACGGCAGCGCGACCUGGUGCGGGUCAAGGUGGAGCGCGGCGAGCUACCGGCCGAGGCACUGGAGCGGCUGGACGAGCUGGACGAACCGACCGCCGCGCCGCAGCGCUCGCUGAUCGGCCGCAUCUGGGACGAGCUGUUCGCCGAGAGCCGCUACCUGGCCGAGCGAAACGCGGCCAUCGCCGCCCGGCAGGAGGACCUGCGCCGCCACAAGGAGGCGCUCGCACGCGGAGACCCGCCGCCAGCCGUAGACGAGGCGAAGGACGCCGCCAGCGACGGCGACGGCGGAGCCCCCGCGGCCACAGCAGACGCCCCGGACACUGACGUCACCGUCGAGACCGACGACGAUGACGACGAUGACGAUGACGACGGCGACGAUGAUGACGAUGACAACGACGACGAUGAUGAAGUCGGUGAUCAAGAUGAGGCUGACGAUGCAGAUGUUGAAGCAGACGAAGACGAGGAAGGCCCUGGAGAUGCUGACGAACGAGAGGAGUCUGUUCCGGGUAACACGGCCCACCCACAGGACACUCCAGCUGAGCAGGACACUCAGGCUGAGCAGGAAGACACUCAGGCUGAGCAGGACACUCAGGCUGAGGGGGAAGGCGCUCGGGCUGCGCAGGAAGACGAGGUAGCUGAUGCUGGUUCCGAGGUUAACAUCGACAGAGACCAACCGGGAGUCCCUGCCGGUGACCAAGAUGAUGAUGGACAUGAUGAGACCGUCGACGAUGAUGAUGACGAAGCUGACGAUGACAGUGACGCUGAUGAAUACCAGGAGCAAAAGACGGACGCCACUGACCGCAAAGACGACGAGUCCCACGACAAAGACCACGUGGACACUGAUGCUGAAGAGGAUGAUGAGGAUGAUGAUGAGGAGGAGGACGAGGACGAAGACGAGGACAGUGCAGAAAACGAGCCCGAGCCGACUGUCGCCGCCACCGAACCCGUCGAGCCCCCCGAACGAGCAGCGCGAGCCCAGCAGCCGCCGCCGACGCCGGUGGAGCACACGCCGCCACCGGUCGCCAUCGCCCAGGACGCUGCGACGCCGGACGACCCCGCAGGGACAGAGCGAGAGCAGAGGAAGUCGGCCCCCGCUCCGGCCACGCGACAGCAGCCACCACCGUCGCCGCCGCCAGCUCCCUCCACGCCACCGCCCGUCGCCGCCCCAGCAGCAGCGCCGGCACCGGCGCCAGCUCCGGCACCCACCGCCGCCCCAGCGCCGCCUCCCACAGCUGCUCCAGCUCCACCUCCAGUGGCUGCUCCCGCCCCGACUGUACCGGCUCCCGCCCCCGCUCCAGUCCCAUCUGCAUCCCCAGCACCAGCGCCGACGGCAAGUCCAACAGCGCGGCCGCGGCACGAGGUGGAGCAGCUGCUGGGGCUGCACGCGCCCUUCAGCCGACCCGUCGAGGACGCUACCAACUACGCGCUGCGCGAACUGAAGCGCGCGGCCGACACGGCCAUCAAGCCGCUCGAGGACACCUACAAGUACAACUCCGUCAGCGCGCGCACCCUGGCCGACGCCGAGAUCUUCGCUAAGCCGGUGAUCCUGUUCCUGGGCCAGCUGAACAGCGGCAAGUCCACCAUGAUCAACUACCUGCUAGGAACGGACGCCACCCGCACCACAGCCAUGCCAGGCAGCGGCCAGUUCCGCAUCCUGACGUACGGCGACCAGGACGAGCGGCAGGACGGCGCUCAGGUGACGGCGCACUGGGAGUUCUCCGGCCUGCUCAAGUUCGGCGAGGCCUUCCUCGAGCGGCUGUCCGGCCGCCAGCUCAAGAACCGGCUCCUCGAGAAGGUUAACGUGGUGGACGUGCCGGGCAUCAUGGAGGGCCGCCAGUACGGCCGCAUAUAUCCCUUCAACGACGUCUGCCAGUGGUUCAUCGACCGCGCCGACAUCAUCUUCGUCGUGUUCGACCCGCACCAUCUCGACAUCGGUGUCGAGAUGGAGAGCCUGCUGGACCAGCUCAAGGGUCGGGAGAAUCAGGUGCGCAUCAUCCUGAACAAGGCGGACCAGCUGCCGGCCGAGCAGCUGCUGACGGUGCAGGGCGGCCUGAUCUGGUCGCUGAGCCCGCUGAUCGGUUCGGCCACGCCGCCGCCCAUCUACUCGGGCAGCUUCAUCAGCCAGCCGUACCGGGCAGGCGCGCCGGCAGAGCUCUUCCGCAGUCAGGAGGACGCCAUCCUGCGCGACAUCGCCGACUCCAUGUCACGCCGCGUCGACAACAGGAUCGCCCUGGCGCGCCGACACGCGGUGCGCGUGCGCAACCAUGCGCGCAUGGUCGACUGCUACGUGACCACCUUCCUGAACCAGCAGACGUUCCUCAGCAACAAGAAAAAGCUGGCCGACGACGUGGUCUCCAACCCGCACAAGUACCACAUCUACGAGGGCAUCAGCCGGGUCACCAAUAUCUCGCGCUACGACCUGCCCGACCCGGAGGUGUACGAGGACUUCUUCACGCUGCACCCGCUGUACGACUUCCCGACGCUCGCCUCGACGUGCACCUACUUCAAGGGCUGCCCGCUGGACAAGCUGGACGUGGCCAUCAGCUAUGACCUGCCCGAGCUGCUCGGCAAGUACCGCAAGAUGGUGGAGCGGGGGACGGCGGCGGGCCGGCGCGGCUGAGGCGGCCGGCCGCGCCGCCGCCGCCUAGAGACGGCGCCGCAGCCGGCGCCAGCGUCGGGCGACAUUCCCGACCGCGGAGAGAGAGCACUGCCGCCGCCCGGGCGGGCGAGGCGCGCCGCGCCGCGCGACACCUCACUGGAGAGAGACGGGCGCCCGGCCGGGGCCGCGCCGGGCCGCGCCGGCCGCGCCCGGCGCCCGCCCCCGUGUGACUGGCCAGAGCGCGUGCCAGUAGUGAAGAGGGGUGACAGCGGCCCGCGCUGCCGCGGCGGCCAUGGCCGGACCUUUUGUAGAGCCGUGUUCUUUGAUGUAGCUCAACGUUCGACACGUGUCCCGCGCGAAUCCCACCACAAAUACACCCGAUCCGGUUGA